AUGGGCAAGGAUGGCGGUGUGCGGCGCGAUCUCAAGAGUCGUCACCUGGCCAUGAUUGCCCUCGGCGGUACCAUUGGCACUGGCCUCUUCGUCGGCCUGGGCUCGUCGCUGGCCCAAGCCGGACCCCUGUCGACCCUGUUGGGUUUCCUUAUCAUGGGCUUCUUUGUCUGGGCCCUCAUGGUCGCCCUGGGCGAAAUGGCCACCUUCCUCCCGGCGCCCGGCGGCUUCGUCCAUCACGCUGCCCGCUUCGUUGACCCAUCGAUGGGUGCCGCCCUCGCCUGGCUCUACUGGUUCUCCUAUGGCAUCACGCUCCCCACCGAGCUACAGGCCUCGGCGCUCGUCAUCUCGUUCUGGGACCCGGACCAGAAGAUCAACCCUGCCGUCUGGAUUACUAUACUCAUGGUCCUCGUCUGUGCCGUCAACUUCCUCGGCGUGCGCGUCUUUGGCGAGGUGGAAUUCUGGUUCGCCUCGCUCAAGGUCAUCAUGAUCGUCAUUCUCAUCAUCACGUGCCUCGUCAUCGAUGUUGGUGGUGGCCCCCAAGGCGAGUACAUCGGUGGGCGGUACUGGCGUAACCCUGGCGCCAUGGCCCAGCUGUUUUGGGAGCCAGACGCCAACAACAACCCCACCGGCGGCAUCUCGGGUCCCUGGGGCCGGUUCCUAGCCUUCUGGCAAGUCUUUAUCAGCGCCGCCUUCUCCCUCGCCGGCACCGAGAUUGUGGGCAUGACGGUGGGCGAGGUCGAGAACCCGCGAAAGAAUGUGCCAAAGGCCAUCAAGCGUGUCGCAUACCGCAUCAUUGCCUUUUACGUCCUCGCCGUCCUCCUGGUCGGGCUCUGUGUCCCUUACACCGACCCUCGCCUGCUCAGCGGCUCCAACAACGCCAGUGCCAGCCCAUACGUGAUCGCGAUUGAGUCGGCGGGUAUCAAGGUGCUCCCCCACUUUGUCAAUGCCGUCCUCAUCACCGUCACCUGGUCUGCAGGCCAGUCGGACCUCUACGCCUCGUCGCGUACCCUCUACGGCCUCGCGCUCGAGGGAAACGCGCCGCGCAUCUUCAAAAAGUGCACAAAGGCCGGCCUUCCCAUCUGGGCAACGGCCGCUACGGCCCUCUACGCUCCGCUCGCCUACAUGGGCACCUCCUCUGCCGGCGUCGCCAAUGUCUUUCUUGAUCUGUACGACAUAAGCGCCGUCUCGAUUCUCAUUGCCUGGUGGUGCAUCGUCUUCACCUACAUUCGCUUCUACCACGGCUUGAAGCACUACGGCCUCUCGCGCAGCGACCUGCCGUACAAGGCGCCGCUGCAGCCCUAUGCGUCGUAUGCCGCCUUUAUCUUUUUCACCCUCGUCAUCCUCUUUAGCGGCUUCACCGUCUUUCUCCGCGGCCACUGGGACAGCCCGACGUUUGUCGUCAACUACCUCUGCAUCCCCUGCUUCUUUCUCCUCUGGAUCGGCUACAAGGUCGUCUCCAAGAGCAAGUGGGUCGCUCUCGACCAAAUGGACUUUGAAACUGGACGGCGCACCCUCGACGCCCUCGAAGAGCGUCGCCAGGAUGACGAGGCAGACGUCGACGCCGAAAGGGCACGUCUCGCCGCCAUGGGCCCCGUCAAGCGCUUCUUUGAGAAAGUGUUUGCUCUUCUUUUCUAG